AUGCCGAUCGUCGAGUCCUUACCCAGCGCAGCGGUACUGCUGUCCGCGGGACUGACAGCCCUGCUGGCCUACGUGCUGUACGCAGUGACCGACAACGUCUACUUCCAUCCGCUGGCCAAGUUUCCGGGACCGCCUCUCGCCGGCGCUACGACAUACUGGAAAGCGUAUAUUGAGUGCAUCGCAAACCGGUCCUUUUGCCACUUCCUGGUCGAGCUGCAUGCGCAAUACGGCGACGUUGUUCGUAUUGGACCCAACGAGCUCCACUUUGCCAACCCCCAAGCCUACCACGACAUCUACAACAACAAGAAUCGCUGGGACAAGGAAGCGACGCUCUACCAGAGCUUUAACGAGGACAGAUCUAGCUUCGGCUAUCUCACGUAUGCCGAGGCCAAGAACCGCAAGGAUGUGCUCAAUCGCUCCUUCUCGCCGGCUGCCAUCGAGAGCUCCGAGGGUCUGUUGAUUGAAAAGACCAAGGCUCUCUGUGCAGCCUUCGAGCGGCAGAGCAAGGCUUCCGCAAGUGUUGAUCUGUUUUACGCAUUCCGCUGCAUGAGUAUAGAUGUCAUUACGACCUUUUGCUUUGGCAAAUCCAUCCACGCGGUGGAUGAGCCUGACUUCAAGGCGCCUAUUGUCGUGGCUCUUGAUGCGGCGACCCCCGUUGCUAUGUACUUCAAGUAUUCUGAUUUGUUCAAGAACUUCAUUUUGAAAUGUCCGCCCAAUCUGUCCAAGAAGCUUAGCCCGUUGACAGCGGGCAUGAUCGAUCUAAACCAGCUACUCUCGCAGCAGAUCAACGAGCUCACUGACGACCCAGAGAAACUCAAACUUCUCCCUCACAACAUGACCAUCUACCAUCGGCUAAUGGACCCGGAAGCGCAUCGCGACAAGCAGAUUCCAUCGGCUGAGAGCCUGUAUGAAGAGGCCCAAGCGCUCAUGUUUGGUGGCACAGACACCGUCGGCAAUACCCUCAUGGUCGGCGCUUUUCACCUGCUCAAGCACCCUGACAAGAUGCAAAAGCUCAAGUCGGAACUAUCCGCGGCAUGGCCAUCUCUCAUCGGAAACGAGCCUACGGUCCGCGAUCUCGAAAGGGUACCGUAUCUGACCGCGGUCAUCAAGGAGUCGCUCAGACUCUCAUCGGGAGUUACCGCGGGCCUUUUGCGCAUCGUUCCCGCAGCCGGUGCAACGAUAGCGGGAGUAGAAGUGCCGCCGCAGACCAUUGUAUCGUGUGGGAGCACAUUCGUCCACUUCAACGCCGAUAUCUUCCCAAAGCCAGAGGAGUUUGUUCCCGAGCGCUGGCUCGAUGAAUCUGCGGAUUUGGACAAGUGGCUCGUCGCCUUCUCGCGCGGCCCACGUAUGUGCCUGGGAAUCAACCUGGCUUGGGCGGAGUUGCGCCUCGGCUUCGGCCAUGUCUUCCGCAAAUUUGACAUGGAGCCCAAGGGGAAACUGCCUGAACAGCUGGUGUGGCGGGAUGUGUUCUUGCCCUUCUACCAUGAAGACCAUUUGCAGGCACACAUGCGACCUGUAAGUGCGUGA